AUGAUCGUUCUUCUCCUCGGUAUAUUACUUAGUUCACAAACGACCGUCGGAUUACUAUCGGUAAAAGUACCAACGUAUCUUUGUAUUUACUAUGGAUAUCCAUCGCUAGUACAAAAUAGCAGUGGUAAUUUGGUGUCAGCGGCAAACUGGUUCAAACAAUUCGAUUUAAUCGUCUUUGGUGCUGGUAUUUGGAAUAUUAAUCAUACAGACCAUAACAAUACAAUGAAUAUUACCCGAACUCUUGUCGCAAAAGGUAAACGAGUAUUUGGUUACGUUGAUCUUGGCGUAAUCCCUGGAACAAACAACUAUUCCUAUACGCAAAUGCAGCAAGCUGUGAAUGGAUGGUCACAAAUGGGAGCAACAGGAAUAUUCUGGGACGAUGCUGGAUUUGAUUAUGGUGUGACUCGACAACGUCAGUCUGAUAUGAUCAAUUAUUGUCACAAUAAAAGCAUGAAUGUUAUUAUGAAUGCCUGGAAUCCGGACGAUGUACUUGGUGGAAACAAUGUCACACUAAAUUCAGGUGAUAUCUAUAUACUCGAAUCUUAUUUAGUUUCCAAUGGAACUUAUCAACCACUUUUAAAUUGGACAGCAAAAGCGAACAAGGUUGCUGCAUAUCAGUGUAGUUUAGGUAUACAAGUGGCUUGUUUAUCGACGAAUAGGACAAGUGACCAGUUCACUCAAGCAUGGUUUGGUACGGCUGUGUAUAAUUUUGAUUAUUUUCAAGCUACCGAUAUAACGUACAGUGCAUAUGGUUCAAGCAUGAAUCGUGUAGCAUAUUAUCCUAACCCAAGUAAUAGCUAUGGGACUAUUUGGCAGAGUGCUAAUGUAAUACCCAAUGCAGCUAAUACAAAUUUCUCACGCUCUACCGAAACGUGGAAGUUGAAUGUUUUUGGUGAUGGUGCAUCAUGGGGUUAUGGCACGUUUACUCCUGUUUAA